AGACACACUACCGCCUGCUUGACACGUCCACCUGAAUCGUCUUUAUCCGAUCGGAGGGGAAGACAUCCGGCUAUACUCUGUAACAGCAAAUACAGAUGUGGACGUACUUCGCGGCGCUGCCCUUGACGGAUAAGAUAUGGCUGAUCGUCUUGAUGCCGCUUAUGUUGGAUAUGUUAUGGAGGUUCUUGAAGACGCAGUCACUGACGAGGUGGAAGCUGGCGCUCUUCGCGGUCAUGGCUCUACAGGCGUUUAUGUUCGCAAUCUUCUUCACUCGGUCCGAGGAGGAGCUGAAGAGAGUGAACGUCACCAUGCGGUCGCCGUUGAAGUUCACCUGGAUGAUCUUCAGAAACCUAACACUGUUUGAUCUGAUAAUAGUCGUCUUCAUGACGGAGUUUAUGGUCCGGGUGAUGAAUGGGAUCUACACCAAGCUGAAAACAAUGGGGCUCAAGUGGACUGUCUUCACAAUGCUCUCAAUAAUAGGGGUAAUGGGGGUGAUUAUCACGAAGCUACCGUUGAUAGAGUUGAUAUCGACAAUCUACCCGAGGCUGUCGAUAUCAGAGUUGUUGUGGACGCUGUACACAACGCUGUCGUUAUUGGAAUUGAUGAGUGUGCUCAUCAUGAUCAUGACAUCGGUGAAGAUUAUGUGGACGAUCAUCACGGCAACAUCACUGAUGAACUUGAUAUGGACGGUGAUAACGGCAGUACUGUUGAUAGGGUUGACGGAGGUGGUCUACAAGAGCAUGACCUUCACGGAGAAGAUGUCCGUGAUCUUCACGACGGCGUCUGUGAUUAGGUUGUUAUGGUUGACCUUUACCACAGUGGUAGUUACGGAUAUAUUGACCUCCUUCACCUGGCCUCUGGUGAGGGCCGCGGGUGUCACCGUAGCGGCGCUCUCGAUGGUCAAGUUGACGUGGAACAUCUUUUCAACGCUAUUAAUAAUAACAAACGAUUUUGGCGACGAAUCCAAGAUUAAACUUCGGAUUAUUGUUGCUCAUUUGUUCUACGGAAGAAAAGUUUAUCAAACUUUCUUUCGGCACUUUGUUCAUUUUUAACUUUUAGGUAGCGUUAACAAAGUUACUAAAUGCAUUAUAAAUUUGAGCGGAAAGUUUGGUGUUAAGAGGUCAUUCCCCUACAAAAUACAACUACCUUGAGU